AAUGUUUACAACAAGAUUUGUCUAUAGAUUUGCUAAAUCUGUACCUGUUGUCGAUGUUACAGCCUUCCUAGCUAAAAAGGGUGACACCUCCGCUUAAUGUGCUCAAGUAGCAGAAGCUUUACAUAAUUAUGGUGCUAUUUGCAUCAAAGAUCCACGAGUUAAUGAUCGUCAUAAUGUCGACUUUUUAGAUAUGAUGGAAAAGUAUUUUGAAUCUAGAGCUGCCAAAUUCUAUAACAAUGAAAAGGUAUUUCAUAUGUAUUUAAUUUAAGGUUGAAGACAUCUUCCCAAAUUAUUCAUAUUAAGUUGGAGCUACACCAGAGUUCGUUGAAAAAGCAAGAACACAUAAUAAUAUUGUUAGAUAAUACACUAAAGAAAAUGAAGCUUUGACUCCAUAACCAGCUCCUUAUGUAAUUUUCAUUUCUAUUUCUAGGAUGCCAAGUGGAGAUUCUUUUGGCCUAUAGAUGACUCAGGCAAACGAACUAAAGAUGAAGAGUAUUAUAUAUUCACUUAAUAAUUAUUAUAGUUUCACUCCUCCAAGAUUCAGACCAAAGGAUGUUCCAUAAUUUGGAGAACGAAUGGAAUAAUGGGGUAAGAUGAUGAUAAAUGGAUGUUUGACUGUAGCAGAAAUGGCUGCUAUAGGUAUGAGUAUUCCAGCUGACUCUUUUACAAGUAGAAUGUAAAAUGGACCUCAUUUGCUUGCUCCAACUGGUUCUGAUUUAGACAGACAUAAGCCAGGUACCAUUUUUGCAGGAUUUCAUUAUGAUUUGAAUUUCCUAACUAUUCAUGGUAAGAGUCGUUAUCCUGGUUUAUAUGUUUGGUUAAGAAAUGGUGAGAGAAUCUCAGUGGCUGUUCCUGAAGGCCAUUUGCUCCUUUAAGCUGGUGCUUAAUUUGAUUUACUUACUGGUGGAUAUGUGACUUGCGGAUAUCAUGAAGUAUAUUUUUAUAAUAUCUAUUCAGGUAAUUUAUACAGAGGAAGCCAAAAAGAAAUAUGAAGAAAAUAAGAAAGCUGGAAAAAGCACAUGGAGAGUUUCUUCAACCUUAUUUUCACAUAUUAAUUCUGAUGUGACACUCCAACCAUUAGAUAAAUUUGCUAAAGCAGGAUUGCCACCUAAAUAUAAGCCAAUUAAAGCAUUUGAUUAAGUCUAAUAAGAAUUAGAAGCCAUCAAAUUAAAAUUAUGAU